CUCUUUUUGACAGCAGACUGUGGAGCCCCAGUUAGAGACAGAUAUGAUACCUGCAGUGGUACUGAUGACCCUGUUGUGGUUCACAGAUCUCCAGGCUCAAAGCGUCAGUCCACCAGCUGAAUACUCAGUCAGACUGGUGAAUGGGACCACUUCCUGUUCUGGGAAAGUGGAAGUCUUCUACAGAGGAGAGUGGUCGCGUCUAUGUCCUAGGUGGUUGUGGAGCAUGAUGAGAGAUGCUAAGGUUGUGUGUAGAGAGAUGGACUGUGGGAAUCCUGUAGCUGAUUCUAUAGGAGGUCUAGUUGAAGAUGGAAGUAGAGGAGUCAUACUAUAUAGUAGAUGCAGGGGAGAUGAGUCUUCUAUUAGACAGUGUGACAACAAAGGAGGACCUGGUUUCUGUUAUGGUGGAUAUUAUCAUCAUGUGAUCUGUUCAGAGUCUGUGCGGCUUGUGGAUGGAGCUGGUCUCUGCUCUGGGAGAGUGGAGGUGAAGUCCAAUCAGUCCUGGGCCUCAGUGUGUGAAGCUGACUUUGACCGGCAGGAUGCAGAGGUAGUCUGUGGGGAGCUUGGCUGUGGGGCUCCUGCAGCUCUACAGGGGGGGCUCUAUGGAGAAGGUGAGGGUCAGACCUGGGAUAAAGAGUUCCAGUGUAAAGGCAAAGAGUCCCUUCUCCUGGACUGUGACACCUCAGACAGAGAGAACAACACCUGCCUACCUGGUGAUGCUGUUGGACUCACCUGCUCAGAGCCUGAUUAUGUGAGGCUGGUGGGAGGAGGCAGUCGCUGUGCUGGUAGAGUGGAGCGGUACGACCAGAGAGAGUGGAGGACUGUGGGAGCUGAUGACAGGGACCAGGAGGCUGUAGCUGCAGUAGUGUGUAGACAGCUGGGUUGUGGCUCCACUGUUUCAGUACUUCCUGGAAACAUCAUUGGAGGGGUUGGAUUUAUCUGUUCUGGGUCUGAGUCUUCACUGAGGGAGUGUUGGAGAAUGAAUGCUCUCCGUCCUGGACUCACAGUGAUCUGCUCAGAUCUCCUGGUCCAGCCUGAUAUCUUCCUGACUGACUCAAUGGGAGGGGUCUCCAGGGGCCACCAGGGGCCCAAGGUGUUCAGGGCAGGAGACCUCCAGGCUCAAAGUGUCAGUCCACCAGCUGAACUCUCAGUCAGACUGGUGAAUGGGACCACUUCCUGUUCUGGGACAAUGGAAGUCUUCUACAUUAGAGAGUGGUCACGUCUAUGUUUUGGGUGGCUGGGCAUGAUGAGAAAGACUAAGGUUUUGUGUAGAGAGCUGAACUGUGGGAAUGUUGUAGGUGAAUCUAGAGGACGUCUGGUUGAAGAUGGAAGAAGAGGAGUCUCCCUAUCUAGAAGAUGUAGUGGAGAUGAGUCUGCUAUUAGACAGUGUGACAACAUAGCAGGACCUGGUGGAUGUCAUGGUGGAUAUUAUCAUCAUGUGAUCUGUUCAGAGUCUGUGCGGCUUGUGGAUGGAGCUGGUCUCUGCUCUGGGAGAGUGGAGGUGAAGUCCAAUCAGUCCUGGGCCUCAGUGUGUGAAGCUGACUUUGACCGGCAGGAUGCAGAGGUAGUCUGUAGGGAUGUUGGCUGUGGGGCUCCUGCAGCUCUACAGGGGGGGCUCUAUGGAGGAGGUGGGGGUCAGACCUGGGAUAAAGAGUUCCAGUGUAAAGGCAAUGAGUCCCUUCUCCUGGACUGUGACACCUCAGACAGAGAGAACAACACCUGCCUACCUGGUAAUGCUGUUGGACUCACCUGCUCAGAGCCUGAUGAUGUGAGGCUGGUGGGAGGAGGCAGUCGCUGUGCUGGUGGAGUGGAGUGGUACGACCAGGGAGAGUGGAGGACUGUGGGAGCUGAUGACAGGGACCAGGAGGAUGUAGCUGCUGUAGUGUGUCGACAGCUGGGUUGUGGCUCCAAUGUUUCAGAACCACCUGGAAACACCACUGGAGGGAUUAGAGUUUCUUGUUCUGGGUCUGAGUCUUCACUGAGGGAGUGUAGAAGAACGUAUGAUCUCCGUCCUGGACUCACAGUGAUCUGCUCAGGUAAUAACAAGAUACACUAUAUGGCCAAAAGUAUGUGGACUUCAGUGGAUUCAGCUAUUUCAGCCACACCCAUUGCUGACAGAUCACACUCUCCUACACACACCAGCUGGCUGAGAGGACCCUAG